UCUUCUGAUUUGACGUUAAAAAUAUAUAUUCUGAUUAGAUGUAUUUCAUUUCUCAAAGAUUCUAAAUUGGAGAUAUCUUAAAUGGAAGCCUUAACCGUAUAUGUCGACAUACCGAGAUGUUGCUGCUUUCCUAGUUUUGGCAAUAAACCGUUGAAAUUUGCGACCAAAAUCUGUUGCCUUUCUGGAGCAAUUACGAUUAUAAUUUAUCGCUUUUUGCACUAGGAGGAAUUUUAUCGGUUCUUUAGUUAUAAGACAUGUUUUAGAUAGAGUAAUAGUUCCUUGUCAUUCCUAGAAAACUAAAUUCUCAGGAACUAGUUUGUGAAGGGAUCAAGCAGUGUUCUGACAUUCCUCUUUUCCUUUAAACGUUCUUAUAUUUCUAGUAGUUGAUAUAUAAUAUAAACGAUUAAUCAAACUUCAGGGUACAUUCAGAGAAGGAAGUACAAAGAAAAUACGUAAGACAAGCAGGGUUUUCAUUAAGAACUCUGAAGGAGGAAGUGAAGAGCGACGACAGCGAAGACUAUAUUUGUUUUGCAUGUCAUGUCGCAGGCAGAAAACAUGAAGCGACAGCUAUCGGAUCCAGCAUCUGAGGCCAGUGACCAGUCAGAAGACAUGGAAGAGGAUGAGUUUGAUCAUUACUAUGACGUAGAUACAGAUGAUCUUGACAUUGACAAGCCAAAGAAAAGUGAUGACCCGGAAUAUUUUGAAUAUGACAUUCUGCAAGUUGAGGAUGCUGAGAGGCUUCUUAAUGAAGAAAUCGAGGCUUUGUGCUCCACCCUUAAGAUGACACCAUCUUUAGCCAAGAUGCUGUUGCACAUUUAUGAAUGGCAGAGAGAUCACAUCAUAGAGAGUUAUCGUCGAGAUCCUGAAAAACUGCUAGUGGAAUCUAAUAUUACAAGUGCAAAAAAAGAACCUCCGACAAUUGGGAACAUCAUGUGUUCAGUAUGUACAGAUAAUUUUCCACAGGAAAAAUUAAUGGGUCUGACAUGUGGCCAUCUCUUCUGUCAGCCAUGCUGGGACAUGCAUUUUCGCAUUCAGAUUGUGAAUGGCAGAACGAUGGGUAUAGAAUGCAUGGGGCAACAGUGCAGGGUUCUUGUACCAGAGAAUUUUCUGUAUGCCAUACUGACAGAUCCUAAAUUGCGAGAUAAGUUUUCCAAGCUCUGUUUUAUGGACCUCAUAAAGGGACAUCCCAAAUUACGGUUUUGUCCUGGUCCCAAUUGCUCUGUCAUAAUUCAUGCCAAAGAACCUCGUGCCAAAAAGGUGGAGUGCUCCACUUGCAAAUCUACAUAUUGUUUCAGAUGUGGCAUUGAGUACCAUGCACCAACAGACUGUGAUGUUAUAAAGAAGUGGCUCACCAAAUGCGCUGAUGAUUCAGAGACAGCGAACUAUAUAAGUGCUCAUACUAAAGAUUGUCCCAAGUGUCAUGUGUGCAUUGAGAAGAAUGGAGGAUGUAACCAUAUGCAAUGUUCAAAGUGCAAGUUUGAUUUCUGCUGGAUGUGUCUAGGAGACUGGAAGUCGCAUGGCAGCGAAUAUUAUGAAUGCAGUCGCUAUAAAGAAAACCCCAACAUUGCCAAUGAAUCUGUGCAUGUACAAGCACGGGAAGCUUUGAAGAAGUACUUGUUUUAUUUUGAAAGGUGGGAGAAUCAUGCUAAGAGUCUACAGUUAGAGGAGCAGACACUUCAGAAGAUUACAUCCCGCAUUACAUCAAAAGUCAUGGAAAAUGAGGGAACAUGGAUAGACUGGCAGUACCUGCUAAAUGCUGCUGCACUGCUCAAAAAGUGCCGCUACACGCUACAGUACACAUACCCUUAUGCUUAUUACAUGGAAAAAGGAGGAAGAAAGCAGCUGUUUGAGUACCAGCAGGCUCAGUUGGAGGCAGAAGUUGAAAAUCUCUCAUGGAAAGUUGAGCGUGCUGAGAUUACGCAUCGAGGGGACCUUGAAAAUCAAAUGGAUGUUGCAGAGAAGAGACGACAGACCUUACUUAAGGAUUUUUUAGAAGUAUAGCACUUCAUGCAGUUAUCUCAACCUUUGACUUAAUGAUCCCAGUGAAGAUAAGCGCGUAUUCCUUGGGAUUGUAACUUACAAUGUGACAUGAAUUUAUGCAUAUUUAAGUUGGGGUUUUUCUGAUGGAACUCACAAUGUACAGAGGGAGCAGAUACUACUUUCUAACUUUUAAAUCUUAACCGAAUUUAGGUUUAAGAAAUGUGCUAGUGUGGGCAACAGGAUGGCAUAGUGAAGGAAAUUAUGCAGUGGAGCCUGAAUAGAGAACAAUUGGUGAGUUCUAUGUAGAUGGUUGUGUGACAAGAUGUACAAUGCUGUGCCAUUCUGUUUGGACACUUCUAUAGCAAGAGGGAAAAGAAAGCCACCAUUUCAGUCAUUCCUUGAUUUGGUAUUUAGUUUCUUGGUGCUGUUCCAUGGUCUUUUUAUUUCAUAUUUUACCAACAGCUGAUGCAAGGGCUUAUCUGACAUAAGGAAUAGUUUAGCCUGUUUGUAUGCCUACCUGCUGUUGUCUGAAGGUAACAAUGUGCUGGAUUUUUAAACUUGUCAUAAUACUUGCUAUGAAGUAGUGUUACUUUUAAUAGUGUAAGUUUGUAGGUGUGAGCAAAGUUUUUUCCAGGAUUGUUUCUUUCAAAGACUGUCACAGGUGUAGAAAGCAUGCCCCACUUUUUGCUAUUUUAAAUGCUGAUAAAAAGUGACCAUUUAAACCACAAAUCUUGCAGUUUUUCUAAGACUUGUUCACAACUCCACAACUUACCUUCUAUCAGUAGUACAAAACUUUCUUCAUUUGAAAGUACAAUAAGCUUACAUUGGUAGUUGACAGCAUUAUCAUUCUCUAAAUAGCUAUUUUACUAGAAUGAAACGUGAUCCAGAAACAGCUGAACUACAGCUGGUGCAAUUAUAAAUGAAUUUCAUAUCGAUGAGGAUGACUAGGAGAAAUACUGCUUUGGGCAUGGUAAAUCUAUGACUGUUUUUGUGUUGAAAGGGAAAUUGUGAUAAUCUCAUGACCUGACACUGCUUAGUUCAUUCAAUAUAUGAGAAUUUUUCCCAAGAAGGGAUUUAAAAAUUUUGUGUAUGCGUUUUGCAGUCGUAUUUGACCUUCAAAAGCAUGGUCUUGAUUGAAUGUUAGACUACAGCAGUUUUGUCGGUGCUUGAACAUGCUCAUUGAAUGCGUUUGAAUUUUUAAAAUUUUGUGGUUGCUGGGUAGAGAAUUUUGGAUCCACUGUGAUGUGUACUUAAAUGUGGCUUAUACUGCAUGUAUCUUAACUGCUGAUCGUUCUUGAUGCUCAGCAGCACCAAAGACUUCCAUAAGCACUGUUCAUGGGUUGGCCAUAGGCAGCACCAUUUACUUCAAAAUAAAGGUCAUUGGUGACUACUUCUCUCCAAACACUGUUUCUAGCAAAGAGCAACCUUGUUCCAGAAACUUUUGAUCUCGGAUCCACCAAUAUGUAUCUUGGAGGUGCAUGCUUCAGUCUGAAUGCAUUCUAUCUGCUAGAGACAUUGUGUUGUUGUGACCCGCAAGUAGGCCUGAUUUUUGUUUUCUCCAUUAGUGAUGUUCAGUCAUCACAAUAUUUUUUUUAUCAUUCCCAUUCUGCAGGAUGUAAGAUUAUAGUUUUAUCAUUAUUUGCAGAGUGUGGCAGUUGUUCAGGAGUUUGCCCUCGCCAAGCUUUGUUGUUUGCUUUCUCAACAUUCAGUUAGAGUUCUCGUUAAAGCACUCAUUAUAGACUGAAUCCCUCUUGACUGCAGGCACUAAGUAGCCCAAGGCCAGUCACCCACACAAAUAAUUAUGCUUCCAUUCAUUAAUGUCUAGGAAGUUCUGUUCAAUUGUGUGGUUUUGGUUUUACAAAACAUAGCAUUGGUCAAGAGAGGUGUCUCUGUUGGUUUUUACUCCAACUUCUAUUACUAGAACAUUUCAAACAAUGUUUUUUUUUUAUUUCAGAUCUUGGAAAGAAAUGUAUGAUUUUGUGAACUGGUGACAACUUUAUGUAAACAUUUUCUGCAUUCAUUGCACUGUUAUCUUCUGUCAGAAAAGAACGAAGAGAAGGGAUGACAAGUUAUGUAGCAGAGUAGUUAGUGUGAAUGGAUUUAGUCAUGUCACGAGGAAAAGAUUCUCCCAAAAAAGAUGUAUUUUUUUUUUUUGUAAAAACAUGUUCAAAGUGUAUGUUAACAUAUUUUGAAUUUUCUGUGUGGUACCUUCCAGUGUGAAUGAGAAAGUGUAUGGCUGAAUGCUUUUGUGUGGCUGUCUUUUUUUUUUUUUGAAAAUAAAUACAGAUAGAAUAAAAAUUAAGAAAAAUACGUAGUUCUAUGCAGCUUUGUUAAGGCUAGUGUUUCAAACUGAUGACUAGCUAAUAGAAAGAUUUAAUACAAAGGAAAAAGACGAGUAAGGAAACUGUUUUUGACAAGAUUAUUUUACAAUUUUCUCAUAUAGAUCCAUCGUGUGAGUCUGGAAAUGGGCAAAAAUGAAAACUGUUCUGAGUGUGGUUUUCAGUUAUCCAGCUGCUUGCUGGAUUAGUAUGAGUUACAUCAAUUGGUUUACACGCAACUUGUAGUUCAAAUCUUAUUACAUCUGUUAUAGCAUGUUUAAAAAUCUUUAAUAGUAAGAGUCAAAGUUACUUGAGAGUUGGGCUGAAUGAAUACUUUGCCUUUUGCUCAGGGAUGAUGGGAAAUGUCAAGAAGAAAAAUUUUGCAAGGUGCUUCAAAAGACUGGGCUCUAUGAUGAACAAAUGUUUUCUUAAACCAUAUUACGACUUGGAAAGCUUCAAUUGUCAAAUCAGUUUUUUUUUUCAGUUAAAGAAUCUUGCACAAGUGAGUGACGCUGUUUAACAGGUCAUGUUCACAAAUAAAAAUCUUAUAUAAAAAUAGAACAAGAAUUAUAACUAUAGCUGUAAAGGCAUACAUGUUUCUAAGGCAUAAAUUUAACGAACUGAUGUCUAUUUAAACUGGUCUGCAUGGAAUGAAAAGAUGUCUAAAAUAAUAAUCAGUGAAAUAUUUGUGUCAUUUCUUACAACUUUUAUUCAGUAGCAAAAACAUCAAAGUUGGCAGUUCUACAUGAACGAGCCAUUGCACUGUAUGUUUUGUAUACAUUGUUGUCCUGACUUGGAAGUCGAUCAUGAGUGUGUUUCUGAAUUUGAGUUUAAAUGAUUGAAAGGUAAAGUAAAAAUAAGACGACAACCUUUU